AUGGCGCUGAGGAAGGGCGGCGGCGGCGGCGGCGGGUGGCGGCGCCGGUGGGCUGCGGAGCCCGCGGCGGGAGAUGGCGAGAAGGAGACCCCGCGGGAUGAAGGCUCCUCGCUUUCUGCUCUCCGGCGUUUAGAGCGCAGCCAGUGGACGGACAAAGUUGAUGCGCGGUUUGGGUUCGAGAGAAUCAAAGAACCUGCAGAAAGGACAGGAUGGUUGAUCAACAUGCACCCGACGGAGAUUUUGGAUGAGGAUAAACGCUUGGUCAGUGCCGUGGAUUAUUAUUUCAUUCAGGAGGAUGGAAGUAGAUUUAAGGUGGCUUUGCCCUACAGACCAUACUUCUACAUUGCAGCCCAGAAGGGUUGUGACCGAGAAGUAUCGUCCUUCCUUUCCAAGAAAUUCCAGGGAAAAAUAGCCAAAUUGGAAAUUGUACUGAAAGAAGAUCUGGACUUGCCCAAUCACCUGGUUGGCCUGAAACGGAGUUAUAUCAAGCUUUCUUUCAACACAGUAGAUGACCUGGUAAAAGUGCGCAGGGAGAUUACCCCUGCUGUCAAGAAGAAUAGAGAACGGGACCAAGCUUUGGACACUUACACCACCCUGCUGACUAGUGCUCUCACUGGGCACAGUCUGAGCCACGAGGAGGAGCCCUCAAAGAAGACUGCAGACCAGAUGGACAACAUCAUAGACAUGCGGGAGUACGACGUGCCCUACCAUAUCCGCCUGUCCAUUGAUCUGAAGAUUCACGUGGCUCACUGGUAUGUCGUUCACCACCGGGGCAGCAGUUUCCCUCCUGAGAUUAUUCGGCGAGAUGACAUGGUAGAACGGCCUGAUCCUGUUGUUCUUGCCUUUGACAUCGAGACUACAAAACUCCCUUUAAAAUUUCCUGAUGCAGAAACAGACCAGAUCAUGAUGAUCUCCUACAUGAUUGAUGGCCAGGGAUACUUGAUCACAAACCGGGAGAUUGUUUCCGAAGACAUUGAAGAUUUUGAAUUCACUCCCAAACCAGAGUAUGAGGGUCCGUUCUGUGUAUUCAACGAACCUGAUGAGGCUCAUCUUAUCCAGCGGUGGUUUGAACAUGUUCAAGAAACCAAGCCAACGAUCAUGGUGACCUACAACGGAGACUUCUUUGACUGGCCUUUUGUGGAAGCCAGAGCAGCGAUCCAUGGGAUGAAUAUGCAGCAGGAGAUUGGGUUCCAAAAGGACAGCCAGGGAGAAUACAAAUCCUCGCAGUGCAUCCACAUGGAUUGUCUCCGGUGGGUGAAGAGAGACAGUUACCUUCCAGUGGGCAGCCACAACUUAAAAGCAGCAGCCAAAGCGAAGUUGGGUUACGAUCCCGUAGAGCUGGAUCCUGAAGACAUGUGCCGGAUGGCAACGGAAGAGCCUCAGACUUUGGCCACCUAUUCAGUGUCAGAUGCUGUUGCCACCUACUACAUGUACAUGAAGUAUGUCCAUCCUUUCAUCUUCGCCUUGUGCACUAUCAUUCCGAUGGAGCCCGAUGAGGUCCUUCGGAAAGGCUCAGGAACCUUGUGUGAGGCGCUACUCAUGGUCCAAGCCUAUCACGCCAACAUUGUCUUCCCCAACAAGCAAGAGCAGGAGUUCAACAAGCUUACAGAGGACGGGCACGUGCUCGACUCGGAGACGUACAUCGGGGGCCACGUGGAGGCCCUGGAGUCUGGGGUCUUUCGCAGCGAUAUCCCCUGCCGCUUUAAAAUGAACCCUGCCGCCUUUGACUUGCUCCUGCAGCGUGUGGAGAAGACGCUUUGCCAUGCCGUUGAGGAAGAGGAGGGGAUCCCCUUAGAGCAGGUCACCAAUUUCCAAGAGGUUUGUGAAGAGAUCAAAGUGAAACUGAAUUCCCUGAAGGAUGUUCCCAACAGAAUCGAAUGUCCCCUCAUUUACCAUCUGGAUGUGGGGGCCAUGUACCCAAACAUCAUCUUGACCAACAGGCUGCAGCCCUCGGCUAUAGUGGACGAGGCAACCUGUGCUGCUUGUGACUUCAACAAGCCAGGGGCCAGCUGUCAGCGGAAAAUGACUUGGCAAUGGAGGGGAGAAUUCAUGCCAGCAAGCCGGAGCGAGUUCCACCGCAUCCAGCAACAGCUGGAGUCGGAGAAGUUUCCUGCUCUUUUCCCAGAUGGGCCUCCCCGGGCCUUUCACGAGCUCUCUCGAGAAGAUCAAGCCAAAUACGAAAAGAAGCGCUUGGCUGAUUAUUGUCGCAAAGCUUACAAGAAGAUCCACGUGACGAAAGUGGAGGAGCGGGUCACUACUAUUUGUCAGCGAGAAAACUCCUUCUACGUGGAUACUGUCCGGGCUUUUCGAGACCGUCGCUAUGAGUUUAAAGGAUUACAUAAGGUAUGGAAGAAGAAGCUGGCAGCUGCCACCGAAAUGGGUGAUGCCUCCGAAGCGAAGCGCUGCAAGAACAUGGAGAUCUUGUACGAUUCCCUGCAGCUGGCACACAAGUGCAUCCUCAACUCCUUUUACGGCUACGUCAUGCGGAAAGGGGCCCGCUGGUAUUCCAUGGAAAUGGCUGGCAUCGUCUGCUUCACGGGGGCCAAUAUCAUCACUCAGGCCAGAGAGCUGAUUGAGCAGAUCGGGAGACCCCUGGAGCUUGACACAGAUGGGAUAUGGUGUGUGCUUCCAAAUAGCUUUCCAGAGAACUUUGUCAUCAAGUCAACCCACUCCAAGAAACCCAAGGUGACCAUUUCCUAUCCAGGGGCUAUGCUGAACAUCAUGGUGAAGGAGGGUUUUACAAACAAUCAGUACCAGGAGCUGGUGGACCCAGCAUCCCUCAAGUAUGUAUCCCGCUCAGAGAACAGCAUCUUUUUUGAAGUAGAUGGUCCCUAUCUGGCUAUGAUCCUCCCAGCCUCCAAGGAGGAGGGCAAGAAGCUAAAGAAAAGAUACGCCGUGUUCAAUGAAGACGGUUCCCUGGCCGAGCUGAAGGGCUUUGAGGUGAAGCGGCGAGGAGAGCUGCAGCUGGUGAAGAUCUUCCAGUCCUCGGUCUUCGAGGCCUUCCUGAAGGGCACCACGCUGGAGGAGGUCUACGCUUCGGUCGCCAAAGUAGCCGAUUACUGGCUGGAUGUGCUGCACAGCAAGGCAGCCAACAUGCCCGAUUCUGAGCUGUUUGAGUUGAUCUCGGAGAACAGAUCCAUGUCUCGGAAGCUGGAGGACUACGGAGAGCAAAAAUCCACGUCCAUCAGCACCGCCAAGCGCUUGGCUGAGUUUCUUGGGGACCAGAUGGUGAAGGAUGCCGGCCUGAGCUGUCGGUUUAUCAUCUCAAAGAAACCAGAAGGGUCCCCGGUUACUGAGAGAGCCAUCCCACUUGCCAUCUUCCAGGCCGAGCUCUCGGUGCGCAAGCAUUACCUCCGGAAGUGGCUAAAAAGUCCUUCGCUGCAGGAUUUUGACAUCCGAAUGAUCCUAGACUGGGAGUAUUACAUUGAAAGACUGGGCAGCACAAUCCAGAAGAUUGUCACCAUCCCAGCAGCACUGCAGCAGGUGAAGAAUCCGGUCCCCCGUGUCCGUCAUCCGGACUGGCUGCACAAGAAGCUGCUGGAGAAAAAUGACGUCUUCAAGCAGAAAAAAAUCAGCGAGCUCUUUGCCAGUGAAGGCAAAAGACAGGUCUCCACUAACAUAGCCAGGGAGGAUACCCCAAAUAGUCAGGUGACCGACAUGGAAGAUUUUGGGGUCACCAAACCUCUGCAGCCAGGACCCCCUAUAUCAAGCAAGCGUAAACGAAUCCCCACAGCGGAGGAGAGCCAGCCCCAGUCCCAAGCUCUGGAGCUCACCCAAUCGUGGAGGGAGAUCCUGGGAACCCCACCACCCAUCGGCACCACUAAAGAGGAACGCCUGCUGUGGCUCCGCUACCAUAAGAAAAAGUGGGAGCUUCAGGCUCGUCAGCGCCAGGAGCGCCGGAAGAAGCGGAGGCUGGCCGAUGGAGAAGCCGUCCUGGGGGGCGGAGUGAUCCGAGCUGGGCCCUCCAAAGGGCUGAGCAAUUACCUGCGCAAGACCGCCCGGAGUAUCCUUGACAUGCCCUGGCAGAUAGUACAGAUUGCUGAGACUGGCCAGCCAGGCCUCUUCAAGCUAUGGGCUGUGAUUGGGAGUGAUCUCUAUUGCCUCAAGCUGAAUGUCCCACGUAUCUUCUAUAUCAACCAGCGUGUUCCUAAACCUGAAGAGAGCACGGUCUAUAGAAAGGUGAAUCGAAUUCUUCCCCGUUCCAGCUUGGCCUUCAACCUGUACGAGUACUCGGUGCCUGAAGAUAUGUACCUGGAGCGCAUCAAUGAGAUCAACGCCAGCCUCUCUGCUCCAGACAUUGAGGGGGUUUAUGAGACCCAGGUGCCAUUACUCCUCCGGGCCCUGGUUCACCUGGGCUGCGUCUGCAUGGUGAAUAAGCAUUUGGUGAGGCACCUGAGUGGCCGGGAAGCCGAGACGUUUGACCUGGAGCACCUGGAGAGGAAGUCUCUGGCACAGUUCAGCUACCUGGAGCCCGGGAGCAUCCGGCACAUCUACCUCUACCACCACUCCCAGGGCAGCAAGGCCUUGCUGGGCCUCUUCAUCCCCUCCCAGCGCAAAGCCUCCAUUUUUGUGCUCGAUACAGUGCGCAGUAACCAGAUGCCCAACCUCGGCACCAUGUAUUCUGCUGAGCAUGCUUCCAUGGUGGAGAAGAUAGGCCAAGAGCUGCUCCCUCCGGCCAAGCACAUCUUUGAAGUUCGAGCCGAAACGGAUCUCAAGAGUAUCUGCAGAGCGCUCCAGCGCCUCCUGAUGAGCUACAAGGAUGAGCGCAGGGGCCCCACCCUCAUCGCUGUGCAGUCUAACUGGGAUCUGAAGAGGCUGGUCAGUGGGAUGCCGGUCCUGGAGGAGUUCCCGCUGGUCCCUAUGCACGUGGCAGAUGACAUCAGCUACAGCAUAUUGGACUGGCAGCGCCACGGGGCCCGGCACUUGAUCCGCCGCUACCUCAAGUUGGACAUGUGUCUGUCUCAGGCCUUUGACAUGAGCAGGUACUAUCACCUCCCCAUUGGGAACCUUCCAGACGACAUCUCCAUCUUCGGCACGGAUCUCUUUCUCUCUCGGCAUCUCCAUCGCCACAACCACCUCCUCUGGCUCUCUCCCACCUCCCGCCCGGACUUGGGGGGCAAGGAGGCCGACGAUAGCCGCUUAGUCAUGGAGUUCGAUGAAAGGGCCUCUGUGGAGAUCAACCACCCAGGCUGUUAUUCAACAGUGUGUGUGGAGCUGGACCUCCAGAACCUGGCCGUCAACACCAUCCUGCAGUCCCACCGCAUCAACGACAUGGAGGGGGCCUCCAGCAUGUGCAUCAGCUUCGAUGUCAUCCAGCAGGCCUCCCUGGAGGACAUGGUCGUGGGCAACCAGGCGGCCAGCGUCCCCGCCAGCUACGAUGAGGCCGCCCUCUGCUCCAACACGUUCAGGAUCUUGAAAAGCCUGGUGGUGGGCUGGGUGAAGGAGAUCACGCAGUACCACAACGUCUACGCGGACAAUCAGGUGAUCCACUUCUACCGCUGGCUGCGCUCUCCAAACUCCCUUCUCUACGAUCCCGCCCUGCACCGGACGCUCCACAGCAUGAUGAAGAAGCUCUUUCUGCAGUUGGUGGCAGAAUUCAAGCGCCUCGGCUCCUUGGUCAUUUACGCCAAUUUCAACCGGAUCGUUCUGUGCACCAAGAAGCGCCAUAUCGAAGAUGCCCUGGCCUACGUCGAGUAUAUCACCAACAGCAUCCAUUCAAAAGAGCUCUUCCACUCACUGGCUAUUUCCUUUUCCUGUUGCUGGGAGUUUUUGCUGUGGAUGGACCCCAGCAAUCACGGUGGGAUCAAGGGCAAAGUGCCGUCCCAGACCCACUGCGAAGAGGCAAGGAGGAGUAAACAGACAGCAGAGGUAGCCAACAAUGAAGAAGAGGAGGAGGAGGAAGAGGAAGAACAAGAAGAUGACUUGGGAGAAAACGGUAUAGAGAAUCGCCUGGAAAACAACUGGAACAUCAUGCAGUAUUUACCACAAGCCGCUUCCUGUCAGAAUUACUUCCUUAUGAUUGUGUCGGCGUACAUCGUUGCUGUUCACCACAGCCUGAAGGAGGAAAUGCAGCGGGACGUCUCCGGAGGCAGCCCUGUCAGGAGACGAGCCAGCAGCCAAAUCUCCCAGGAGGCUCUCGGGGAAACGGGCACCAUGCCAGGCGCCAUUGCUUUCUCGCAGGAGUAUGUCUCCAAGGAGCUCACCCAGAGCUUCUUCACCAUCACUCAGAAGAUCCAAAAGAAGGUCACCGGCUCUCGCCACGCCACAGAGCCCUCGGAGAUGUUUCCAUCCCUGCCCGGCUCACACCUGACGCUCAACAACCCUGCCCUGGAGUUCAUCAAACACGUCUGCCAGGUGCUGUCUCUGGAUGCCAACAUCGCCAACCAGGUGCAGAAGCUGAAGCGGGACCUGCUCCGUCUCAUUGACGUGGGCGAAUUCUCCGAGGACGCCCACUUCCGGGACCCCUGCUGCUCCUACGUCCUCCCGGAGGUGAUCUGCAGAAACUGCAACUUUUGCAGAGACCUGGACCUCUGCAAGGACCCUGCGCUCUUUCAGGAGGGCUCCCUGCCGCCCAGCUGGCUGUGCUCCAAUUGCCAGUCUCAGUACGACUCCGAUGCCAUCGAGGUGGCUCUGGUGGAAGCCCUGCAGAAGAAGUUGAUGGCCUUCACCUUGCAAGAUCUGGUGUGCUUGAAGUGCAAAGGCAUCAAGGAUACUCACAUGCCCGUGUACUGCAGUUGUGCUGGGAACUUUGACCUCCUCCUGCCCACCAAGAGCUUCCUGGAUCAUCUGAAGGUUUUCCAGGGCAUCGCUCGGCAUUACGGAAUGGCCCACUUGCUGGAGAAUGUUCAGUGGCUGCUUCAAAUGAACCCUCAGCUUCUCUCCUGAGAGGAGACACACACA